AUGCCACCACAAGUUUCAAACGGCGAGACAGACGAAUUAUUUACAGUAACAGCAGAUUAUUUACGUAAACGGUUAACACCCGAACUUUCUCAACCCAAAGUAGCAAUUAUAUGUGGGUCUGGUUUAGGAGGGUUGGUUGAUACCCUUGAAGAAACGGAUAAAGUGGAAUUCCUUUAUGAAGAAAUACCAGGUUUUGUUAGUAGCACGGUGCCUGGUCAUGCGGGAAAACUUGCAUUCGGUUUAUUGGGUGAGAAUAAGAUGCCAACAGUAAUUAUGGUGGGAAGAUUCCAUUUUUAUGAAGGUUAUAACUUGAAUCAAAUUACAUUUCCCAUUAGGAUAUUUAAAUUAUUAGGAGUGGAAAUCUUAAUUGUUACCGGAGCAGCCGGAUCACUUAGAGAAGAAUUCGCAACAGGUGAUAUAGGAGUAUUAUCAGAUCACAUAUCAAUACCAGGUUUUAGUGGGAUUAAUCCUUUAAUUGGACCUAAUUUAACAACUUUUGGUCCAAGGUUUCCAGCAUUAUCCGAUGCUUAUGAUUACGAUUUAAGAGUUAAAGCAUUUAAGGCAGCUAGAAAAUUAAAUUUUACUACCGGAUCAAUUAAAGAAGCGAUCUAUUGUUUCUUGGGAGGUCCCAGCUAUGAAACUAGGGCCGAGGCGAGAUUCUUAAAUUCCAUGGGAGGGGAUGUGGUAGGGAUGUCCACGGUACCCGAGAUCAUAGUGGCCAAACAUUGUGGAAUUAAAGUUUUGGGAUUAAUCUUGGUUACCAAUCAAGUCAUCCGAAAUAAAGCCAAAAGUGCGGAUCCCAUGGAUUAUCAACAGAUGAUGAAUUAUCAAGAUGAAAAACCUGUAAAUCAUGAAGAAGUUAUUGCUUUGGGAGUAUUGAAAGCAUUGGAUAUGAAGAAUUUGAUUAAAACUAUAAUUGAACUUAUUUAA